AUGCCUCGCACCUGGGCUGACAUUGCAGCCUCGAGCUCCUCAGCGCACGCACCAGCUUCGAACAAGGGCAAGAGCAAGGCUCCGCAAUCGGCAAAAGACUUGCUACUGGGAAAGAGCAAGCAGGAGUCUAAAGUCCUCAAUCCUUUGCGCAAGGUGGAAGAUGACGAGGACGAGGCGAUGAGCGAUGUGGAUGGCGACGAUGCUGCGGCGGACGUGGGACAAGACGCAGGGAUGGACAUGGACGAUGACGACGAUUUGCUCAUCGGCUCAUCGAGUGGAUCAAGACCAAACGGCGCAUCUCACACGCUUGAUCAAACGCAUGCAUCCGCUCUCGAUCCUUCCUUGAAGCCCAGCUUUGCGCCACUCACGAGAGCGCAGCAAUCCUCCUCGCAAACAUCUCAGAUCCAGAGCAGGAGAGUACCCAUUCCACCUCACCGGAUGGCGCCAUUGAAGAAGGAAUGGCUCAAGAUCUACACGCCACUCGUAGAGAUGGCUGGCCUGCAAGUCAGGAUGAACAUGAAGCGCAAGAGCGUAGACAUUCGAGUGAGUGUUCGCUGACAGCUGGAUGCGUGCUACUCGGUGAAGCUUGUAGGCAACAAGGCUACAUGUGCUGACCUCAAAAGGUCGCAACACGCUUCCAUUUCGCUUACAGUCCUCCAAGCACACGGAUGAUGCAGGUCAGGUUCAAAAGGGGGCAGACUUUGUGAAAGCAUUUGCUCUGGGAUUCGAAGCGGAUGACGCUAUGGCUCUGUUGCGCAUGGACGACCUUUACGUCGAGACAUUCGAGAUCAAGGAUGUCAAGACGCUUCAGGGUGACCAUUUGAGCCGAGCUAUCGGUGAGUAGUGCAAGUUGAAGAUUUUUGGGGUUGACGGUUCGCCCUGAACAUGGCUUGAUCAUCGAAGAUUCUUGCUAAGUGAUCGCCUUCGCCUCCCUGUCUCGCAGGCCGCAUUGCUGGCAAGGAUGGACGAACGCGAUACGCUAUAGAAAACGCAAGCCGUACGCGCGUUGUGCUCGCAGACAACAAGGUGCGUCGUAUGGUAUUUGUUGCUUUCGUCAACUGGCAUGCUGACGACAUGGAUUGCCUUUUGGCGUCGUCAGAUUCACAUUCUGGGCAGCUUCCAAAACAUCAGGAUUGCGAGAGAUGCAAUCGUCAGCCUCAUCAUGGGUGCCCCACCUGGCAAAGUAUACAACAAGGUGAGAUCACAUGCUGUUCCGUCCAAGUCUUGCUUUUUGCGACUGAUUCCGAGCUUCUCUGCAGCUCAAGGUCAUUGGUGCCAGGCAAAAGCAAAGAGCCUGA